AUGGAAACUGCCCGCUCCCAACAGCCCGCCGUGAGACGGCCGGGUCCGAGCGACGCCUCCUGCCGGCCGCGCAUCCUCGUCUUCACCUUGUCCUUAGCAACCCGGGCACCCCCUCAUCAACCCCGGCCCGCCUUCCUCAGGACCCGACCUCCCCGCCUCCCCGAAGCCACUCAAUCAAUUUCCCUCGGCCCUUCCUCCCUCGGAGGACUGUCCUGUGAGUCCCGGAGCUUGCGGGGCCGAGCCGCAGCCGGCACUACGGGUGGCGGGGAAGAAGAAAGGCACCCGAGCGCACUCAAAGUUAACUCGAUCACAGCCUGCAAACUUCUGGGCUGCAGCCCAGAACCCGCGCCGGCCGGAACUCUCCCGCAGCGCCGAGCCCUCCCGCAGGGGCUCCCCCACCCCCCCGCCCGGCUGCAAGCCCCCCGAGGGAGUCGCCGGCCGCCCCGCAAGCCCUGCGGAGCCAGUCCGUCUAUACACCUGCCCAACUCCCGGCGACCGGAGCUUAACCCAAUCCCACCCCGCCACAGGAUACCGAGAGCGCAUUCAGCUCUCUCCCAGGCAGUCUACGGAUCCGCCGCUGUCCCGGCGGGGACUCGGGGCGGCGAGGCCGGCGCCCGCCAUCCCGCUGGGGUCCCUCCAUCACUCGCUGCCCACCCCGAGCCCUUUUACCUCAGGCAGGCUGCCUUUAGAACGCAGCACAGGAGCGGCGUGGAGGGUCGGCUCUGCGCCAGCGGCCUGAGCCGAGGGCGAGUGCCGGUGUCUAGGGGUCGUGGGCGGCCGACGCGGCGAGCGGCGGGCGGACCAUUCCGCGGACCUGGGCGCAGAAAGCCGCAACUGCUCUCCGCGUUCCAGCUCGCUCGCCUGUCAGCUCCAGCUCUGCUUUAAGUGGCUUCCGGUCUCCUCCUCCGGGCCGGCUCGUCUUGGGGGAGGGCGGAGCUUCGGUGCUGAGGGGUGAGGGGUGGGGUGAGGGGGCCGGGCGAUCAGUGGGUGCCGGGAAGUGGACCCGCCUCCGGUGCGCGUGCGCCUGACGGAGGGGCGCGCGGCCGUUUUGCGCUCCGGGGAGUGAGGGGGGAGGGAGUGUCCACUUGAGAGCCGCUGAGGGUCGGGCAGGCUCUCCCUGUCCGCGAGGCCGCGGAGGCCCCUGUGCUCCUGCGAGGAAAGGAGGCGCGCGCCGCGUGGGGCGGGCUCCACCUGCCUGCCGACAAGAUGCAGGGUCACCGUGUUCCGCGGACACCCAGGCACGCGAUGUGAGAGAGGAUGUGAGACGGAACGGCCGGUUUCGGUGCGGUUGCCUUUGUUUAUCGGCCUCCUUUCAAGACGCCUCCAGAUCCCGAGGGGAAAGCGAGUGGCCGCCUCCGCCGUUGCCUCCAGACGGGGUCGCCGGCCCCGCGCCGUACGGGCGGGAAGGCUGCGCCCGCCCCGCCGCCUGUUCUCGGACACCGACUCAGCCUCCGCUAGGGGAAGCCAGUGCUAGGGGUUUGACAAUAGAGAUGCCUAUGCGUGUGUUUUACAGCCCACGGACACCGUAGUGACUAAUUCAUUUAACAAGUCAGAGCACCUAUUAUGCGCCGAGCGUGUACUAGGUUUAGAACUACAACCUUCAUCACCCAGACCCCACGCCUGCCCUCAUAGAAACUUAGGGAACCGAGAGUUAACUUCAAAAAUAUACACGAAACUGUCAUCUGGAGUGUAACUUCAUGUAUUCAAUAGCUUUUUUUUUCCCCAGUAGGAAAUAAACAUUAUAUUAAAUUAGUAUAAUGCAAAUUUCAGAAAAAUUAAAAGAUCGU